GCAGCCCCCCCGGCCCCCCCUUGCCACCCCCCCGGCCCUGCCGCGACGUCAGGCCGUGACUCAGCCGCGGGAUGAGGCCCCGCGCCGCCCUGGCCCUUCAUAAGUCAGCAGAACCGCCGGCAGCUCCACAGCGCCCGACACCAUGGCCGCCCUCGGCCUCCUCCUCCUCCUCGGCACCGCUGCAGUGGCCCUGAAUCCCCAGCACUCCGUGAUACGGGAGCAACUGAUCCAGCAGUCCCAUGAGAUCCCGCAGCUGCAGCAGGAGGAGCAGGACUUACAGCUGCCCCCCGACGUCAUCGCAGCAGCGGGGGCCGAUGACAUCCCGUACCCACGGGCGCCGUCACCCACCUCCACCUUGGGCAGCAUCCUGGAGGGUUUCCCCCCCGCCUGGCCUCUGCCCGACGCCCUCAACCGCUACUGCAGCAGCCCCUCGCUGAUGCCCCGUGCCCCCCGGCCCUCGCUGCCCCCCGCUGCCUUCGCCCACCUCCGCAGGCAGGUGGCUGCGCUCGACAGCUUCUGGCCUCGCCUCGACCGCUGCUGCCAGCACCAUGCCCCGCUGCCCUGCGCCCGGCACGUGUGGACCGAUGUCCUGGACACCUUCUGUGAGGAUGAAUUUGGGGUGAAAACGCGCCAGUUCCACUGCUGCCACCGGCACGGGGCUGCACGGCGCCGCUGCUUCGCCGACUCCACCGUGGCCGCCACCGAGAUCACUGAGAUCACCGAGAUCACGGUCUGGGAGCCGGUGGCCGUGCCAUCCUUCCCACCCGGCGAGCCCACCGCCGCCAACAUGGAGAACAUCUGCCGCCUGCGGGGGCUGCGGCCCAGCCCCAGAGGCCUCCCCGGGGCCCGCGCGCGGUUCCACAGCCGCCUGGAGCGCGACUUCGGCCGCUGCUGCCACAACAGCAGUCUGGAGUGCGCCCACGCUGCCUGGCAGAAGGGGUUGGAGCGUUUCUGCCGCGAGGAGGGGGCCGUGAAGACGCGGCAGCACCGCUGCUGCAAGAGGGGAGUGGGCCAUGCCCGGAGCCGCUGCUUCGCCACCGCCGCCCCCCACCCCGCCUACGACCAAGAAGUGCACAACAUCAGCCUGGCCCGGCCCGGCCCCGCCAUGCUGCGCACCCUCUGUGGACCCAUCCGGCUGCUCAGCAAGCGGUGGGUGCUGAGGGGGGGGUGCCCUGAACACGGGAUGGCAGCCCCUGGGACCCCUCCAUGCGUCCCUGGGAAUAACAACCCCCCCAAAUCCCUUAAACCAUCUGGGACCCUCCCUUCCACCUCCUUGGCAUCCCUGGGCCUGUCACCUCCCCAGCAUCCCAAAGCCUCCAGAACAUCCCCCCCAUCUCCCCAGCCACUUACAGCCCCUGUUCCCUACAGCCUCCCCGCCUGA